UCCAGGGUUCCAGGAUUCCAUCCUGGACUGCAGACGCUGUGACUCACCCCAGACCGUCCACCCGGAGUGCUUCCCCAUUCACAUCCCUCCAAACGACCCGUUCUUCCCCCCGGUGAACAUCUCUUCAGGGCAGCCCUUCUGCAUGCCCCUUACCCGCUCCAUGCCCGGACAACUCACCCUGGGUUACCGGGAACAAAUGAACCAGGUGACGGCCUUCGUGGACGCCUCUCACACGUACGGUUCUGACAAGUGCGAGCAAACACAACUUAGACUCUUGAAG